AUGACAAAUGAAGAGAGCUUUAAUGGACAACUUCUAAAUUCUGUGUGGCAAGUGUGUGAAAAAGUCAGAAAAGUACUUGAGAAAGAAGGUUUUGCCUUGAGUUAUUUAUUUCGGAAUUAUGAUCCAAGAGGAACAGGACUUGUUGAAGAAAGUCAAUUUUUUACUGUAUUGAUGAAAAAUUUGCGUGGAAUUUUGACAUUGGAUGAAUUGGAAAUAAAAUUAUUAUCAAAUUACUUCAAGUUAAGAAAUGGGAAAAUUCAUUACAAGCAAUUUUGUGACGUUAUGGAAGGCUUUCCUAAUGAAGUUCUUGAAGAUGUGUCAAAAAAUUGUACAGAUCAAAGAGGCUCCGUAGAGAAAAAUACCUUAUCGAAUUUCGAAAAUCAUCAUAUUUGUUUGUUACUCACCAAAAUUGCUCAUAGUGUUCGUCUCAGAGAAGUUGCAUUAAAACCAUAUUUUGAAGAUUACGAAGUAAUAGCCAAAAAUAACGGAACAGUUACAUUUUCUCAUCUCUACCGUCUCUUACAUUUCCUCGGAAUAGAACUAAGCAACAAAGAUUUUCAAAUAUUGGUUAAAAAAUACAUACAAGACUCGUAUACUAUCAAUUAUGAAAAUUUUGUCAAAGAUAUCGAGACUUACGUUUGUUUCUUUGAUCGAAAUCGACCUUCAUCGUACGAACAAGAUGUAGCUCAAAAUUAUCCGGGAAAAUUUAUUGAAGUAAAAAUACCUUCCAUCAACAGAUCAGAAGUUGAAACUGGAAAUUGGAUUUUUGGAAGACCAUCGACAUGCCAUCCAUCUGUUACGAGUCAUUUUUAUCGGAGAAACAGAGCAUUUAUUGACUUAAAUACCAUUUUUGAGUCGAUUCAAAAACACAUUGUAAGCAAUAAAAUUAAUAUGGUAGAAUAUUUUCGUCAAUUCGACUCGUUUCUUCAUGGAUGUGUCACAAAAUCUCAAUUUAAACGAGUUUUAGAAGCGAUUGGUAUAUCAGGUCUGAAUCGAAUUUAUUGGUCAGAAGAAGAAAUAGAACGUCUUUGUGAAGUCUUUGCUAAAGAAGAAAAUCCUGAAUUAGUGAAUUGGAAGUUGUUCAAGAACGAGAUCGAGUGUGGAUAUUCUAAAGGAAAUUGUAGUUUACCGCCUUUGAAAGAAAUUACACAGGAGGAUAUCGUAAACGAAAUUAAAUGUCAAAAUAUUGAAUCAAAAAUUCAAAAAAAUUUGAACGAAAGAAGUUUUUCUCUUGAACCUUUUUUCAAAGAUUUUGAUCGGUAA